CUGGAAGCAAGAUCGGCCGGGGAGUUUUAGUUGCCAGGAAGAAAUCCAAGUAGCUCUUUAAAGAAGUCAAAUCGACCUCUAAGGACAGAGAUGGCUGGCUGGGAAGGAAGUAACAGCUCUGUUAGCAGUAAUGCAACAGAUCUCACUAUUGGUUUUAUCUCCUCGGCCGUAGCUGUUACCUUAUUUGGAACAAACUUUGUACCAGUUAAGAAAUUUGACACUGGGGAUGGAAUGUUCUUUCAGUGGAUUCUCUGUGCUGCCAUCUGGAUAGUUUCUUUAAUUGUUAACCUUAUUCAGAACAGCCCUAGAUUUUGGCCACUUGCUAUGGUUGGAGGCUUUUUAUGGGCUACAGGUAAUAUAACAGUAGUCCCCAUUGUUAAAACUGUUGGGUUAGGCCUUGGUCUCUUAAUCUGGGCUUCUUUUAACUUGCUAACAGGCUGGGCAAGCUCAAGGUUUGGUUGGUUUGGAAUAGACCCAGAAGAAGUUGCAAAACCAGUCUUAAACUACAUUGGAGCUGGACUUUCAGUGUUAAGCACUAUCCUGUUUCUUUUCAUAAAAAGUGAUGUUGAGAGUUCUUCGGCAUCAUCAGAAAGCACUCCGUUAUUAAGAGAUCAUUCAGUCAACACUUCGGAACAUAGACCUGAAAACAGAAACGAUGUAUCAUGGGUGGACAAUCUUUCUCCAUUUGGAAAGAGAGUGAUAGGCUGCUCCCUGGCUGUGAUAGCUGGAAUAUUUUACGGUUCUAGUUUUGUGCCUGUACUUUACAUCAAAGACCAUGGUAGAAGGAAUGGAACCAUAUAUACAGGAGCGAGUCAGUAUGAUUUAGAUUACGUCUUUGCACACUUCAGUGGAAUCUUCCUUACAAGCACCAUCUACUUUGUGAUCUACUGUGGAAUAAUGAAAAAUAGUCCUAAAAUUUAUCCUGAAGCCAUAAUCCCAGGAUUUGUUUCUGGUAUAUUGUGGGCGAUAGCCACUUGCUGCUGGUUCUUGGCUAAUCAUUACCUCAGUGCUGUGGUCAGCUUUCCAAUCAUCACUGCAGGUCCUGGCUUGAUAGCUGCAAUGUGGGGAGUCUUUGUGUUUAAGGAAAUAAAGGGACUGAAAAACUAUCUAUUGCUCUUAGUAGCAUUUUGUGUUAUUUUGGCUGGGUCCCUGUCAACAGCUUUUUCUAAAGUCUGAAGAAACAUUGCUUGAACCAGCAGAUGGCACAACCAGCUUAUACAACAGAGACCUUCAAGAAGCUCAUAUCUGAUGUUUUCCUUGGAUCACGAAUAUCAUCCCUCUCACCAGAGAGACACAAAAAACUCUAGAUUUAUGAAUCAAAAAUGCAUUGUGCUAACUUCAAAUCAUCCAUCAAGUUUACCACAUUGUGGAAAAUAAGGGAAGAUCUAUGUACAUCUCAGGACUGGGUGCUUAUGGGAUGACAUCUAGGUCAGACGUUUUAAUAAUCCCAUAACGUUUUAUGCUGCGAUUUGUUACUAAUUUUUUUUUGGGGGGGGGGGGAGAGAGGCUAUAGUAUAAAAAUAAAAGUUCGGUGAAGAAUAAUUGUUGGUCACUAAUCAGGGGAAGUAAUGUCAGAGUGGGGCACACUGCCAGCUUCAAAAGUACGCAUAGUUGGGUCCCUGCCAAGAUCCUACAUCCCAGCAAAGGCCCAGUGACAAGAGCUUCCUGGAGUCCCUCCUUUUCUUCACCUUUGCAUCCUGCUUGUUGACCUGCCUCUUGUUCUGCCUAGACAAUGGUGGUGGUGAGAAGAAGGAGCAGCAGUAGAUGCCAAUGCCUCCUUGCUCCCUGGAUCUCUGCCUGUCAAGCAAGGAAGUGGUAGCAACGAUGAGAAAGACCAUCAGGGACAAGACCCGCUGGUGACAAUGGUGGUGAGAAGGUAGACUCACUGAGGGAGGAGGCCCAUUGCACAUGUCUUGUCCAAGAGCCCUCAAAACCUGGAGUUGGCACAGGUUGGGCAUUGGAUAUAUAUAUAUAUAUAUAUAUUUAGUGUUUAUAUAUAAGAGUUAUUAACAAAGACUACUAUCCUACAUGCUCCACUUUUUAUGCCCCCCCUUCCCUAUUCUGUGCAAUAUACAGACUGAUGAAUAGUUCUGGACAACUCAAAAGCUUGCUCACAACUUUAUGACAUUUGGUUGGACAUAAUAGAACUUGGAUUUAUUUUAUUUUUUUCUAGUGGACCAUUUUUUCUAGUGGACCAUUUUUUAUUUUUUCUAGUGGCACGUUGACCAUUUAUAUCAAUGUUUGUAUAACAUAUUGUACAACGUGUACAAUUUUUUGUAUAUGUAUAACGUGUAAGAUUUUUGGCAUAUGUUGAGUUUUUGGGGAUACAUACAUCCCAGAUAAUACAGAUUAAGAAUCACCCAAAAAACCAGCUUGUACACAGUUCUAUUCAUUACUCACCUGGGGUCCUCCUGUUUGUUCCCGUUUCCGCAGUGAGGGUUCCUCCCUUUUGUGUAACACUUAUUAGUUUGGGAAUCUAUUUGUCAGGGGCUGUAGGCACUGCUUUCUGAAGGGGACACAUAGCUUGCCAGAAAGCGUCUAUUAGUUGCAUUCCAUUUGAAACCAGAAUUGCUUCCUGCAUGAGGUGAUCAGCUGUGAGGAGCGGAGCAGCCCAGCUUGCUGGGGGCUUGUACCACACAGGUAGCAGGACUGAGAAAGACCUAGCAGAGCUGCUGCCCAACAGAAUGGAAAUACUGAGAAUAUAUCAGUGGGCUGAGUCAGAAUAAGAGUGUUCCACAUGCUCAUAUGAGAUGCAACCCCAUCGUCAACACCAACAGAAUAAGAGUGUUCCACAUGUUCAAAUGAGAUGGAACCCACCUUCAACACCAGCUCUACCUUCGUCCUCCUCCCAUCAGCAAAUCUCUGCAAAAAACAACAACCCACAGAUCUAAUGGGCUUAAGUUACAGAAUGGUUGAUUUUGGUUUGACAUUAGGAGAAACACCUUGAUAGAGCAGUUGGAUGGUGGAACCAAUCUAGAG